GUUAUCUUUGCUUAGAGAAGUCGCUCUUUAGAAAAAAGGAGGCAGAUAUUGACGUUUAAAAAUGUCGGAUAAAGGUGAUGUUGAUGAACCGGCGGUGAGUGAAAUGUCACCAAGCGAGGACGACAGUUUGAUGCUGUGUCAAGAAGACGAAGAAAUGGAGCCUGAGGAAGGAGAUGACAGUAGUUCUGAACUGGAUUCCGAAGAUGACGAUGAAGCAGAGAAAGAGAAAAUACGUUGUCUCGAAGAGCAAAUUCUCAGUUAUCCUUAUACAUAUGCUCCACAUCUGGAUUUAAUCAGAGCACUGAGACAAGCCGGAGAACUAGAGAGGUUGAGAGCAGCGCGACAGUACAUGAGUGAAAUAUUUCCUUUAACUGAAGAAUUAUGGCUGGAAUGGUUGAAAGAUGAAGUAUCUCUAGCAACAGAAGACGAUCGUGAAAGGAUUGAAAAGCUUUUUGACAAAGCUGUUUCUGAUUACCUUGCUGUUGAUGUCUGGCUAGAAUAUGUCCAGUAUGCCAUUGGAGGAAUGGGAUCACCGAAUGGUAUUUCUCAUGUAAGAGCUAUUUUUGAUCGAGCUGUCACUGAAGUUGGACUUCAUGUUGUCAAAGGCGCCAACAUAUGGGAUGCUUACAGAGAGUUUGAAAAUGCUAUUCUGGCUGGUCUUGAGCCAGAAGAAGCAGAUUCAGGCAAACCUAACCCAGCAUAUAUUGAACAGAAAUCUCGGUUGGUUUCAUUGUUUAAGCGCCAACUUACAGUGCCACUCCUUGGAAUUAAAGAUACAUAUGCUGAAUUGAAAGAAUGGUUCCCUGAACUGGCAUCGGACAAAACCUUCCAACAGAUUUACCAGCAGACACUCAGUAAAUUGGAAAAAUUAAAACCUUUUGAAAAAGAACUGGCUGCAACAGAUGAGUAUUAUGCCAAGAUGGAAGCUUAUUAUAAAUACAUUGAAUAUGAACUCAGUCUGGAUGACCCCGCCCGAAUACAGUGUAUAUAUGAACGGGCAAUUACACAUGGAUACUUGAAUGCAGAACUUUGGCUCCAGUAUACACGCUAUUUGGACACCAAGUUACCCAUCAAAAAAGUUGUUCUGGCAGCUUACGAACGUUCUGUGAGAAAUUGUCCUUGGAAAGCAGAACUGUGGGGUCGUUAUAUCUUAGCAAUGGAACGACACAAGGAACCAGAUGUGAAGAUAACAGAUCUUUAUGAACAAGCCAUCAAUUCAGGAUUUACUGAACCAACAGACUUUCUCCAUGUCUAUACAGUAUUUUGUGACUAUAAACGCAGACGAAUUGACUGGACUAAAGAAUAUAAAGAAGAAUUGGCAGAUUUCAGGGCAACAAUUCAAAAAGCCAUCCACAGUCUAAAGACUUUUUUUGGUGACUUCAGAGGUGACCCGUCUAGUCUACAGCAGUAUUGGGCAUCAAUCGAGGUUAGACAUUGUAAAAAUAUUGAGAAAGCACGAGAGUUAUGGAACAGCAUCAUGACUCAGGGUCACGGAGCUGAAAGCCACAUGUGGAUGGAGUAUUUCCAGAUGGAGAAGGCUUAUGGUAAUGCAAAGAAUUGCCGCAAAGUACUACAGAGGGCACUUAACUCAGUCACUGAUUGGCCACAGGGGAUUGUUGAUGCCUACUUACAAUUUGAACGAGAAGAAGGUACCUUAGAAGACUAUGAAAUUUCCCUCAACAAAUGUACUGCCCAACUACAACGGUUACAACAAAGACAAGCUCUGGCCAAAGAGAAAGAACAGAUGAUGAAGGAACAGAAACGGUUGAAUGACCGCAACAUUAAGAAGGUUGUGCGUAAACCAAUUGGUUCCCAUGAGAGGCCAGGGGACAGCAGUACGACAACGAAACGAAAGCUCCAUGAACAACAACAAGUAAACAUUACAGAUAAAGAUGGUUUUAAGAUACCAGUGGUCCCUGCCCUUGUUGGAGAGGUUUCACCAAGGCAACACGACCCUGAAGGUCCUACAUCUGCCAAAAAAGUUAAAACUGUUACAGACAAACCUCCACCAGGAUUUACCCCCAAGUUUGAAUCUAGCAAACAAGAUCGCACUGUCUUUGUGAGUAACAUCAGCUAUGAUUUGGAUGAAGAUAAUCUGGAAGAAAUAUUUUCAAAGUGUGGAGAAAUUGUCCAAAUCCGACUUGUCCAAAAUUACAAAGGCAAAUCUAAAGGUUAUGCUUAUGUUGAGUUUAAAUCAACGAAUUCUUUGGAGAAAGCUCUUAAAAUGGAUCGAGAAAUGAUUGAAGGUCGACCUAUAUUUGUGUCUAAAUGUGAAGACAGGAGUGUGACAAAAACGCAUCAGUUUAAGUUUUCCACCAAUUUGGAGAAGAACAAGCUAUUUAUCAAAGGAUUACCAUUCAGUUGUACAAAAGACGAUUUGGAGAAAAUCUUUAAGGAGCAUGGAACUGUGAAAGACGUCCGGCUUGUUACAUAUAGAAAUGGUGCCCCUAAGGGCUUGGCCUAUGUGGAAUAUGAAGAUCCUUCUGAUGCUACUAAAGCAAUUCUUAAAACUGAUGGCUUAACAAUGGGUGAGCACACCAUAUCUGUAUCAAUCAGUAACCCACCCAGUCGGAAAUCUCCAAUGAACCGGAGAUCUUCAUCAUCUACAUCUACGUUCACCCCUACUUUAGGAGGAGGAAAGAAAGAAAGUGAAGUUCGUGGAAAGGCUCGGACUAUGGUGUCACUGGUUCCUCGUGCUCUGCAGCGUACCAAAGCUACAUCUAGUAGUAGCUCCAAUGGAAACAGCUCCGUCAAUGACCAAUCAUCAAACAACUGCUCUGCAAAAGAAGCCACGUCGUCGCUUUCCUCCUCCAGUAGUGGCAUGAGUAAUGACGACUUCCGUAAAAUGCUGUUGAAGCGGUAACUACGGUAACUCAGAAGAAAUAAUGUUACUGGGGGAAGGAGAGAAGAGGGGGGGAUUUUUCUUUUCUUUUUUUUUUAAUUUCCUCUUUUUUUUUUUGUGGUGGGUGGGGC